UAACGUCGGAAUGGUUCCGACAAUAUCAGCAUGGGUACAUCUUCAAACACGGUGCAGCAAUGGGUCGACUGGUAGCAACCCAUCCAGACGACGUGCGAGCGGUACUGAUGCGUACAGACCAGAAGCUCGAAAUCAUCUACGGCAUGUUGAGACCAUGGCUUGGUGAUGGUCUCCUUCUAAGUAGCGGGCCCAAGUGGUUCCGGAACCGCCGCCUCCUCACACCGGGGUUCCACUUCGAGAUCCUCAAGCCGUACGUUCGACUCUUCUCAGAGAGCACAAACGCCAUGCUGAAUAACUGGAAAGAACUGAAGCCUGGCUCGUCCAUUGACGUGUUCCACCACAUGAGUCUGAUGACGUUGGACAGCAUGCUGAAGUGUACACUCAGCCAAAACACUAACUGCCAGACCAGGAAAACCAACGACUACCUCUCAUCCAUCCACGAACUAACUGAGCUGGCAAUGCAGAGAGGGAGGUCUAUUAUCUACCUCCUGAGUGACUUCGUGUAUGGCCUCUCGACUAGUGGAAGAAGGCAUAAAGCCGCCUGCAACAUUGUCCACAAGUACUCAGAAGAGAUAAUCCGUCAACGUAAAGAAGUCCUGAAGCAACAGUCCGCUGGAGACAGCACCUAUGGCAAGAAGUAUCUGGACUUUCUUGACAUUCUGUUGAGGGCAAAGGAUGAAGAUGGAAACGGUCUGACUGAUGCUGAGAUCCGUGACGAGGUGGACACCUUCAUGUUCGAGGGACACGACACCACAGCCAGCGGGCUGGCCUGGACCCUGUACUGUCUGGCUCGUUAUCCGGGACAUCAGGAUAAGUGCAGGAAGGAGGCACAGGAAGUACUGCAGGGGAGAACGGAAGUGACGUGGGAAGACCUACCGUCGAUGAAAUACAUCACCUUGUGUGUGAAGGAGAGCCUGAGGAUGUACCCUGCGGUUCCGGAGAUAUUACGAGACGUGGAGACACCUCUUACCUUCAGCGAUGGGAGGACCUUACCCGAAGGAUCACAAGUGUACAUCAGUCUGCGUCUUCUUCACCGUAGCCCACACAUCUGGGAGAAACCUGAGGAGUACGAUCCUCUGCGGUUUUCACCUGAGAACUCCAAGGGCAGACACCCGUACGCCUUUCUUCCCUUCUCAGCAGGCCCAAGGAACUGUAUCGGACAGCACUUCGCCAUGAACGAGUUGAAGACAGCUGUUGCGCUCAUCCUGCGGCGGUUCAGUCUGACUCCUGACGAUACCCUACCGGAGCCCUUUCCAGUAGAAAGGAUGAUCCUCCGAGCCGAUAGUCCGGGUCUCUACCUCAGGAUCACACCUAUUGAGAUGGACUAAGUGCUUGGUGUUCUGUCAGCAGAUACAGAAGUCCUUAACUUUAUACAUCACUGUAUACGUAAUGGGUUCAAUUACAAAAAAAGAGUUCGGAGAUCUCAUACCUCCAUGAAAUAGUUAGAGCUUUCGGAUUUUUUUCUUGUUCAUUUGAGUUUAUCUCAAAGCGGAGGAGAGGGGAGGGUCCGAACGAUCUUUAUAAGCUGCCCUCUAGUACAUUAAAACAACAACCAUUGUGUAACAUUACAAUAACAACACGCGUCAAUAAAUUUGCAGGGCAUAUAAAAUAGCAGGGCAUAAUCUGAAUAUUAGUAUGUAUGAUGGACUAUAAUGUGCAGGAGCCUAACGCGGCCUUGAAGCUACAUCAGCUUUCCCUUCUAGUACUUUUGUAUUUGUGAAUGAAAAUAUGAAAUAAAGUUUGAUGAGGGUGUUUUGGUA